ACUAGCGCUCGGCAACCUUCGGCGGUUUCCGUUGGGGCCCGGCCGCCAUUUUCUCGCUCCCUCUCUGCGCUCGCUACCUGCGCGGCUCCCUGCCCUGGUCGCCAGAGCUUUGUCCUGUUCGGCGAUGGACGGCAUUGUCACUGAUGUUGCAGUUGGUGUGAAGAGAGGAUCUGACGAACUUCUUUCAGGCAGUGUACUCAAUAGCCCAAACUCUAACAUGAGCAGCCUGGUAGUUACCGCAAAUGGUAACGACAACAAGAAAUUCAAAGGUGAAGAUAAAAUGGAUGGGGCUCCUUCUCGCGUUCUUCAUAUCAGGAAAUUACCAGGUGAAGUGACAGAAACAGAAGUUAUUGCUUUAGGCUUACCUUUUGGUAAGGUAACCAACAUUCUCAUGCUCAAAGGAAAGAACCAGGCUUUUUUGGAACUAGCAACGGAAGAAGCUGCAAUUACUAUGGUUAAUUAUUAUUCUGCUGUGACGCCUCACCUUCGUAAUCAACCCAUUUAUAUCCAGUAUUCAAAUCAUAAAGAAUUAAAGACUGAUAAUACACUGAACCAGCGAGCUCAAGCAGUUCUACAGGCAGUGACUGCAGUGCAGACAACAAAUACUUCCAUAAGUGGAACCACAGUUAGUGAGAGUGCAGUAACUCCCGCUCAGAGCCCUGUCCUUAGAAUAAUUAUUGACAACAUGUACUACCCUGUAACCCUUGAUGUUCUCCACCAAAUAUUUUCUAAAUUUGGUGCAGUUUUGAAAAUAAUCACAUUCACAAAGAAUAAUCAAUUUCAAGCACUGCUACAGUAUGGAGAUCCAGUAAAUGCUCAACAAGCAAAACUAGCAUUAGAUGGUCAGAAUAUUUAUAAUGCCUGUUGUACCUUACGGAUUGACUUUUCCAAAUUGGUCAACUUGAAUGUAAAAUACAAUAAUGACAAAAGUAGGGACUAUACUCGUCCUGACCUUCCCUCCGGUGAUGGCCAACCAGCUCUGGACCCAGCUAUUGCAGCUGCAUUUGCCAAGGAGACCUCACUUCUAGGGCUUCCUGUUGCAGCUGUUCCAGGAGCGCUGAGUCCGUUGGGUAUUCCAAAUGCUGCUGCUGCAGCAGCAGCAGCCGCUGCUGGCCGUGUCGGUAUGCCUGGAGUCUCUGCUGGUGGCAAUACAGUCCUCCUGGUUAGCAACUUAAAUGAAGAGAUGGUUACGCCCCAAAGUCUGUUUACCCUCUUCGGUGUUUAUGGGGAUGUGCAGCGCGUGAAGAUUUUAUACAAUAAGAAAGACAGUGCUCUUAUUCAGAUGGCAGAUGGAAACCAAUCACAGCUAGCCAUGAGUCAUCUUAAUGGGCAGAAAAUGUACGGAAAGAUUAUUCGUGUUACUCUUUCCAAACAUCAGACAGUACAGCUACCUCGAGAAGGACUUGAUGACCAAGGGCUAACUAAAGAUUUUGGCAAUUCACCUCUUCAUCGCUUCAAGAAGCCUGGCUCAAAAAAUUUUCAGAAUAUAUUUCCUCCAUCUGCAACUCUUCACUUAUCCAAUAUUCCACCAUCGGUAUCAGAAGAUGACCUGCGCACACUGUUUGCCAAUACUGGGGGCACUGUGAAAGCAUUUAAAUUUUUUCAAAGAGAUCACAAGAUGGCUCUUCUUCAGAUGUCAACAGUAGAAGAAGCUAUCCAGGCUUUGAUUGAUCUGCAUAAUUACAAUCUUGGAGAAAAUCAUCAUCUGAGAGUUUCUUUUUCCAAAUCAACCAUUUGAAGCUAAAAAGAUCAAACUAAUAAGGUUGUAUCACAUUGUUUAGUGUUGUCAUCUAUGACUGUUCAGGAAAGCGGGGACCAGAGAUGGACAUCUGUUUUUCAUGCUGUUACCAUUCCUUGAUUGUUGAUGUAUAAAAGGAAUACAAAAACGGAUUUAUAAGGAAGACAUGGUGGUAUUACCUGCUGGUUUUGCAUAUGUUUAUGAAACCGUUUUGUUUAAAAGGGAUUCCAAGGUAAUCCCAUAGUUUUUCAACUUAGUUAACAUACGUGCCUUAAAAAAGGAAAACCUAGAGUUGCUAGAGUUGCAUUUACUAGUUAAAAAUUUGGUUGUCUGGGGCACAUUGUUACAGGGGAAUUAAUGGGUACAAUCCAGUUAGUGUUAGGUGUGUCUCCGUCCCGUUGAAAUCAAUAGCAUUAAAACAUUAAGUUGAGUGCUUUAAGCACUAUUGAUUUCAGAGGGACCUUAUUGCGCCUAACAUUUGUGGGUUUAUGCCGAAUGUAUAUUAGGCAAGAGUGUGUAAAAAGGUUAAGCUUUGUUUCUCCUGUUUGGAACUGAUUGGCUUUUUGUGAAUCAUAUUUUUUUAGUAUGUUGCAGUACUUCAUGAAAAAUGCAACACAUUUAACUUGUGCUAAUCCCUCCUUUUUUAAAAAAAAAUAAAAAUGGCCUUGUAUAUUCCAGGUGUAGUUCAGUCAAGAAUAUAGACAUUAGAAUUAACAAGAUGCAAAGAACUAAUUUCUUUAAAUGACAGGAAGCUGAUUUUGUUUUAUUCAUUUGAUCUUACGGCUUUGAGCCUUCUGUAGGAAAAGCAUUGUAAAGUCUUAACCUUUUUGUACACACAGUUUGGGGGCGUAUCAUAUAAAUGUUGGCACUAAGUAAUGUCUUGUUUGUGGCUGAAUAUUUUUUGUAGAUGUUUUUGAAGUUGACAUGACUUACGUGCAUUUAAAUAUAUAUUGCCAUUUUUAGUUAGUAAUUACAAUUUGAAAUAUGGUUGUGGAUUUCUGAGCAUGUGCAGACUGGUCUAGCUAGUUCAGGAGUUGGUGCAUGUAUUUCAAGGAUGAAGAAAGUGUAUUGCAAACUUUUGCAGAAAGAUUAAUAAUUUUUGUGACAGUUUUCUUUAUAUAAAAAACAAAAACAAAACUGACAACCAGGUGGGACCAAAGUUUAUGUGCCUUUAGUCUUAAUUUACCUUGCAUUGUAAUAUUCAGUUUUAAUAAAUCUCUUCAAAAUAUUUUGUAUCUAGAAAUGGAUCUGACUUUACUAUAAACAUGGCUCAGAAUCUACAGGAACAAAUUAAUUUGAAAACAGUUCCUCUGUCAGUCCAGACUGUUGUCUUGAUUCUGUUUGAAUGACCAAUACUUUUUGCAAUCGAUGUACUUAGUUUCAAGAGUCAUAGAUUCUGUUAUCUAUGUAGAAAAAGGUCAUGUAUAUUUUCUAUUAGUUGAGUUUUUACAUCUUUAGAAAUGUAAAAUUUCAGUAUAGUUUGAAAGCGGCACAAUUAAAAAUUAAUUUUCUAACAAAGUUGGGAGGUUUGAUGGUUGUUUAAUUUCUCCUUAUGUGUACGCUGCUUGCCUCUGUAGCAUGCUCAAUAAACACUUCUGUAGCUCUGUAUUCACCACUUCUGUCUUUCUCUGCUGCCUCUUCUCUCUUCUCUUCUUUGUUUUCCACUCCCACUGUGCUUCUGAAUUCAUGUUUAUUCUCUUCCAGGGUGGGAAAAGCAUAAUAAUCUGAUUUUAUAAUUGUCUGGCUUUAUACCAUAUGAAAAUCAAAUGCUGUGGAAAACAGCAACUUUUAUUGUUUGUGUACUUAAUAUGUGCUUUGCUGAAGCACAGAUAAAAAAAUCAAUAUUAACUAUUUCCCACCCUGUUAUAACCUAUGGCUUUAAAGACAUAACUUUUAUUGUAGCUUGUAAGUUCUAUCUUUUCUGUUUUUCAAAUAGAUUUAUGCACUAAUUGACUUUCAGGUUUGCCAUGCUUUUGCUGCAGUUUCAUCUUCCAUUUUCUGUGUCUGCUAAAAAUUUCCCACUAAUCAUAAGAUACAUUCACAGGUUGAAAAACUAAAAUAGCCGACUCACUCAAACAGAAAUGCUAUAUUCUGCAUUGAGGAGAGGGAGGGAAAGGGGAGAAGGUGGUAAUUUCUACUUAAAUACACCAAAGGUGCUGAAAACAUUAGUUGGAUAGUUUGUACAUAUUA